AUGAAUCCCCCGACCUUCUACAGCAUCUGCACCUCCAACUGGAAACACGAAGGCCCAAAGUACAGUAUUCAUCUUGGUGAGAGCUGUGGCGGCGGCUGGAAUCAGGUGAAGGGCGGCCUUUGGCGCGCCUAUGCCUCCCAGAAGCCUGGCACGAAGGCGGUUUCCUGGUGCGAUAAUGAGAAGCACUGGACUCAGAUCUUCGUGAAAGGCACCGCCUGCCCUGGCAACUGGCAGGGUCUGAAGUGGCUGCAUGGAGGCACCUUCUUCGCAAAUGAGGGCUCUUCGUUCUGUGUGGGCACGCGCAAAGGCCAGUCCGAGGAGACUUCUUUCUCCAAAGCCCUUCCGCAGAAGACCUGUGAGGGCGAUGGCUUCAAACAAGAGCUGAGCUUCAGCCCGGUUGACCCAGCCGAACCUACUGCCAGUCUCAGCGUUUGUGUGGGUCAAGACCGAACAAGGGAGAGGACGAAGAUUUCGAUGCAGGCUGAUUGCGACACCGGUGAUCUCAUCGCGGUUGCUCGCUUCGGUGCCCGGCAAGCUGCGAACCACGCGGUGGGCGACCGAUUGUUCUGCGUAGAGAGCGUCGGAGAGAACGACGUCUUUCGGGAGAAGGGCAAGUGCACCAGCAAGCUGAAGUUCGAGCUUGCUUUGCCCGUGAAAGCUGACGAAUCCAUGCUUUCAGAUCCACAGAUUCUUCAUCGCCGGCCGCGGUUCUGUACAGGAUUCCGGAAGAGCAAAGUGGUGACUGGAGUGGACCAGCAGUGCGAUUCCUUGGAGUCUGUGACCUUGGAUUUCGAGGCUGCAGGGCUGUUGGAGAUUGCCAUCUCCACGAAGUCUGCCACGGGUGAGGCACCUCUGCUUCCCGGCAUCAUUGGCACAAUGCCAGUUGUUCCUCAGUCUCGGCUACCUUAG